UAACAAUAUAAAUAACUGAGCUCGCAUUUAUAUUUAUAAGUUAUUUUGUAAAUUAUCUAACAGUAUUAGGUAUUUAACAAAAAUUUGAAAAUGUUUCCCAACUUGCUUGGUGUUUUCAUGGGCUGCUCACUCGUAGCGUUUCAAAAUGAAAACAUUGUUCCCGAUUUACUGGAUACUCUCCCGCAACACUUUCUCAAGGUGACAUGGCCGAGCAAAGCAAGCGCCCAAUUAGGCAAUGAGCUAACAGUGGCUCAAACCAAGGACCAGCCCCUACUCGAGUGGCCCAUCUCACCCUCGAUGUACGGCUGGAUAUACACCCUGGUUAUGGUGGACAUCGACGCCCCCACCCACGAGGCGCCUACCAAUCGCAGUGAGAAGCACUGGGUUGUGGUGAACGCACCCGACUAUAACGCCAACAAUGGGUUCACAUUAACCACUUAUAAGCCCCCACCCCCCCCCCCCGGAGUCCCGGAUCUCUCUAUUAUGGGAAGUAAAUUCAAGUUGUGGACACAUCCUAUUCAUACAGCAAAUAAAAGGGUUGAGCGCCUAUGUCUGCGGUCUAACAAUAUAUGGGUCUUUGGCGGCGAACUCAGGGUCACAGGUGAAGGACAUAACCAAAGCAUACCGGGGCCCAGAGGUGACCCUUUCAAACAAGUGCUCGUUCUCUGCGCCCGCCGUAAACGACACGACUCUUCCGAACUUAGGCUCAAUUGUUUGGUUGGACUUCUCGUCCGUCAAUAUAAGGCGUCCGCCGGAGAAGUCCGCGCCAUAUGUCGACAAAUACAGCGAAGAAGUGAACUGAUCGAACCGGCAACUCUGUCCUCUACUUACAUUCGGGCACUCUUUCGAUGGCAACUAAUGUCGACGCAACGAACGGAAGAGGGCCUGAAAGAGCUGUUCACCGAAAAAGACUUAGAAAACUGUGACGAACAGAAUCCGCAAAACGAUUGCAAUUCAGUUCGGCAUCCCUUCGGCACAGCUCUACAUAUCGCGGUCGACAUACUUCGCGAGACUCACUCUCCAAAGAGACCCCGAACCCAAUUCGACAGGUAUUGGCGCCGACACGUCGACAAACACAACGUUAAGUUCGAUCGCAUCUCUUCUCUCCUCUAUUUGUCGACAUAUGGCGCGGACUUCUCCGGCGGACACUUUGUAUUCGCGGACGAGAUGUCGAACACAACUAUUGAGCCUAAGUUGGGAAGAGUCGUGGCGUACACCUCGGGCUCAGAGAACUGGCACUUCGUCGAGAGGGUCACCUCUGGGACUCGAUAUGCGCUGCUUAUGGGCUUCACGUGCGACCCUGAGUUCGCCGUCGAAGACCCCCAGACUGUUAGGCCGCAGACAUGCGCCCAACCAUUUUUUAGUCAUAAUCCUUAA